UUUCCCGAGGCAGGUGCUAUGAUCGCCGAAGAAGUUACAUAAUCCGGCAAAUAUGACUCGGAGAGAUAUACCCUUUUAGGCCGAGAUCCAUAACAGAUUUAUAGCUGAGCGGCCUGAGCCCGGACUACUAUAAAUGCGUCGAAAAAAUUCUCAUUCUCAUUCUCAUCCUCCUUCUCCCCUCACUACAUCAUCUACACCCCUACCUUUCAGAGGGCAAUGCAUCCAGGUUCAUGGCACUAUUACCUGUGGGUGUCCUUGGUUCAUCCCUUCUGCGUCGCCGCCCCUGCUAGACCAGGUAGGCUCGUAUCUGUCGAGUCAACCCCUCGCAUUUACGCCUUUCCAGUCUAGCUGUGCCGCGUGCGGACAUGGUAUUCAUGGGCACGUCGACUACGUCUCGAUGUUCGUCCAUUGCUGUGUUGCAACCCAGUGUGCCGCGUAUGCCCAGAAGACGCCUCAAACACAAGGAUGUACAUGUUCGGCUCAGCUUGCCGAUCAUGGCUUGGCUACGAACCAGUAUCGUCCUGUGGACCCGUCCGACAUCGCGGGUAAUUUCAUGGACAGCGUCCAAGUCAACGGACUCUCUUCAAAGCCGACGCGUCUGACCCUUCUCACAACGCGUCAAACGUCGUACCCGUCUAUUCCCCUUCCACUAACGUCCACUCUCCCGAGCUGGACAUUAUUCCGUCCCAAGCUUAUACCUUCGGCGCUCUUCCCCCGAUGGAGGAUACCCUGACCUACUUCGUUCAAAAUAAGGACUUCAAUCUCCGUCUACGCGCUUGACGGCGCUAUUGCACUACGUACCUAUGCUUUCUUAUCUUCUUAUCGCAAACCUUUCUUUCCAAAAUAAUUUUGGUCUACUUGAUGUCUGCUUCUCCUUGGCAUAGAAUAAAUGGCUUCUGGUUCAAUUAUGAA